AUCGCGCACCGCUACCUUCUCUUACUACUACGACCAAGCCAACCUACGGUCACGUUUCUACUACUAUCUCUCUCUCUCCUUCCUUCUCUCUAUCUAGCGCGACGUCUGAGCUCUGCUGCCCCGUUCUACAGUUCAUUUGGUUCCCGUGUAACAGACAGACAUGUUGGUGAUUUUAACCUUCAUCCUCCUCUUCCACGUCAUCUCAGUCAUCCUCCUCUUCAUCAGCACCAUCAACAAUGCAUGGUGGGUGGCGUCUGCUCCAGGAGGCAACGUGAUAUACACUGACCUGUGGUACUCCUGUAACGUAACAUGUCUCCCUGUCAAGAACAGCGCUUCCACUGACGCAGUCUAUCUACAGGCUGUCCAGGCCACUAUGAUCCUGUCCACAAUUCUCUGCUGCGUGGGUUUCUUUGUGUUCGUCCUUCAGCUCUUCAGACUGAAACAAGGAGAGAGAUUUGUCUUUACAGCCAUCAUCCAGCUACUGGCUAGCCUGUGUGUGAUGAUCGGAGUGUCCAUCUACACGGCAGAGAGGCAGGGUUUUACGGAGGAGUCUCUAAGGAAGGGAGGAUAUGGUUCAUCCUACAUCCUGGCCUGGAUCAGUUUCCCAUGACUGUCAUCAGUGGACUCAUGUAUCUGGUGCUGAGGAAACGCAAAUAAAAACACUCGUAAUCUCUACAAAGACACGAAACACAAUGGAAACGUCAACUAAAACAACCUUUACCUGUAAGGAGAGAAGUGUUCAUUAUUUUGUAACAGUCUAUUAGCUAACAUGUUGUUAUGAGACUGUGACAUAUCAGCCUGUUUUCUUUGGGGGGGGGGGGGGGGGGAAUGGAGUUUCCAUGGUGACGUCAAUGCGGUGGAUUUUAUUGUUGUUAAGAGCAGCUGUUUUAAAAGACGUUUUUCUCCACACUGUGUGGCUGGAAUGAGACUGUGACGUAUCAGCCUGUUUUUUGGGAGGGGGUUUCCAUGGUGACAUCAAUGCGGUAAAUUUUAAAUAAAUAAUGGACCAAUAAA